CUCUCCCACUCCUCCCGCGCCAUCAUCGAGCUCGAGUCCAUCGCCGCCGCCGCAGCCGCGCGAGGCGGCAACGAGGCGGGCCUCCUCGUCGGCGCCGUCCGGGAAGGGGAGGAGGAGGAGGAAGGAAGAUGAGCUGCUGCGCCGCCUCGUCUUCCUCUCCGGUUCUCGCCAACCCCCGGGGGGGAUUUGCUGCUAGCUGCUCAACAGGAAGGAAUCACAGGGCGAUCUUGCACGGUUCAAGGCAGUUUUGUCCGAUCACAUACAGCCCAGCUCGCCGUGCGUCGUCGCGGCUGUCCCGGAGAGAGGUGAUAGCUUUUGCAGGCCAGCAAUCUUGGGACAUCGGCAGAUUUGUCAGGACACUGUAUUUCUUCAACGGGCCACCAAAUCCUCUCAAGAUUGUAGAGUCCAUUAUUAGCAGUUUCACAGGCUCUGGUCCCAGUGAAGCGACGAAGAAAAUGGAAACUUCUGAUGUGGUGCUGGUCACCGGAGCUACUGGUGGUGUUGGGCGAAGAGUGGUUGAUAUCCUACGGAAGAAGGGACUACCUGUUCGAGUAUUGGCUAGAAAUGAAGAGAAGGCAAGGAGCAUGUUGGGGCCGGAUGUAGACUUGAUCAUAGGAGAUGUCACAAAAGAAAAUACACUUGAUCCCAAGUAUUUCAAAGGGAUCAAGAAAGUGGUAAAUGCAGUUUCAGUCAUAGUAGGCCCAAAGGAAGGCGAUACUCCAGAUAGGCAGAAGUAUAAACAAGGCAUCAAGUUUUUUGAACCUGAGAUCAAGGGACCUUCACCUGAGAUGGUCGAAUACAUUGGAAUGCAAAAUCUGAUUAACGCUGUAAAGAACAGUGUUGGAUUGACUGAAGGGAAACUGCUAUUUGGGGGCACAGACAACUUAUCUGAAAAGCUUGUUUGGGGAGCACUUGAUGAUGUUGUGAUGGGAGGUGUUAGUGAAAGCACAUUCCAAAUCCAACCAACAGGAAGUGAAACUGGUGGACCAACCGGAUUGUUCAAAGGUACUGUCUGUACUUCAAAUAACGGUGGCUUCACUAGUAUAAGGACAAAGAAUUUUACAGUACCCGAGGAUCUGUCAGCAUAUGACGGAAUUGAGCUACGUGUUAAGGGUGAUGGGAGGCGGUAUAAACUUAUUGUGCGCACUAGCUUUGAAUGGGAUACUGUUGGCUACAUUGCAAGCUUUAACACAAACAAGGGAGAAUGGCAAAGUGUUAAAAUACCUUUCUCUUCACUGAAUCCUGUAUUCCGUGCCCGUACUAUGCCUGAUGCUCCACCCUUUGAUGCAAGCAAUGUUACUUCACUACAGCUCAUGUUUAGCAAGUUUGAGUAUGACGGAAAGCUCAACCCAACAUUUACAGAAGGUCCAUUUGAGCUCCCUUUUUCAAGUAUUAGAGCAUGCAUAAACGAACCAAUGACUCCAAGGUUUGUCCAUGUUAGUUCUGCAGGAGUUACAAGACCUGAGAGACCAGGUCUAGACUUAAGUAAACAACCUCCUGCUGUCCGCUUGAACAAAGAGCUGGGCUCCAUUCUAACUUACAAGUUGAAGGGUGAGGAUUUAAUUCGGGAAAGUGGUAUUCCUUACACUAUUGUGCGGCCAUGUGCUCUAACAGAGGAACCAGCUGGAGCUGAUCUCAUAUUUGAACAGGGAGAUAAUAUCACAGGAAAGAUAUCAAGGGAAGAAGUAGCCCGAAUUUGUGUUGCAGCUCUGGCAAGUCCAAAUGCAGUAGAUAAGAAUUUUGAGGUCAAGAGCACUGUUCCAUUCAGUGAACCAUUCGCGGUUGAUCCUUCAAAUCCUCCUCCUGAGAAAGACUAUGAAGUAUAUUUCAAAGAGCUCAAAGCUGGCAUAACAGGUAAAGAGGCACUAGAAGGAACACCUGCUCAGGUCUGAAGAAUAUGUUAAAUGGAGAACGCCAACUGCUUUGACAAAUCCUGACAUGCCAUGGUAACCAAGAUACCAAAUGGGAUGCACUUUGCGAAGCAUGUGAAGGAAAAGUUGCGUUUGAUAGCGUAAAGUAGCCAUAUGAAUCAUGGGCCACAAACAACUAUAUCUUCUGGGGUUUGUGUUAUAUUUAAUCUUCUGCGUCUGUACAACAAUUUGCAUACACCUUCAGAUGAAAUAUGAUUGUAGAUCAAGAGCCCAAGGUUCUGGAGUUCUUUCAGAGCAGAUUAUGUAUAUUAUGUUUUCUUUCCACUAAAUCCUGUGUUGUAGAUAGCAUCAUUAGAAUAUAGAUCGACCAUUUUGUAAAUGCAACCAAAUUAUCUUCUUUCUUUCAUUUUUGCCGGGAAGGCCCAGGAAUGCAGCCAAAUUAUCAUACCAAGAGAAGAGAAGUUUACAGUUCCA